AAUAAAAGUGACAAGUAUGGAAUUUUGCAAGUAAUUUUUAUUGUGAUUUUCUCCAUUUAUUUAAUAAUUGUAAGUGAUAGUUUUACGCUCAAAUUGUACAUUAUUGCGUUCUGUGGUUAUCCCUCUGCCAAAUUAUCAUGGAAGAUGAAAAAUUGGGGUGAAAUUUAGUGAGAAUCAAGAUACCAUCAGCAUCAUCCCAAAGAUUCCACCCGAACUGACCUGAGGACAAGCAUGCAAAACUGAAGGAGACAACAUGGUCCUAAUCAACUCCACAGAUUUGCCAGAUUUCUCCCCAAAUCCUGUGAAUAUUGCCGCUCUGGGAAGCGACGAUGUCGUCUUCACGAUGGAUAAACUCUACCCGGCUCUCCUGCAGUGCUUUGCCAUCAUCAUCUGUGGAUAUAUGGCCGGCCGGCUAAAUAUCAUCUCAAAUGCAGAAUCCAAGGGAUUGAACACAUUUGUGGGGACUUUUGCACUGCCCUCACUUAUUUUUCUGUCCCUGGCUGAAUUGCAGUGGAACACAGUGAACUGGAAUUUUCUCCUGUCCAUCCUCAUUUCCAAGGCAAUUGUCUUCUUUGCCGUGGUUACAGUGUCUCUGUUAGUUGUGCGCCCCUUAAAUUUCGGCAGAGCCGGAUUAUUGGCAAUUUUCUGCACUCAGAGCAAUGAUUUUGCCAUUGGAUAUCCAAUUGUUGUGGCACUGUAUGAGAAAAUUCAUCCAGAAUAUGCAGCAUAUCUCUACCUAGUAGCACCAAUUUCUUUAGCCAUUCUCAAUCCCAUUGGCCUGGUGAUGAUGGAAAUGUCCAAUAUGAGGGCUAGGAGGCAGCAGUCCGUCGAAGAACAACCUGUUAGAUCUGUAGGAUGCCCGAGAAUUGAAGAAUCCACGGGAAAUCGUUUCCUAAGGGGCAGGAUUCUCACUGUGGCAAAAUUCAUCGAGUCUGUCUUCUUCAAUCCCAUCCUCCUAAUGACGGUGCUGGGAGUUAUUGGGGGCAUAGCAUUUCCCAAUGGCAUUCCUGACCUCCUGAUGGGAGUCCUCAGGAUACUGGGAAAUUCAUUCUCAGCAACGGCUCUUUUCCUGCUGGGAUUGAGAAUGGUGGGGAAGGCCCAUAAGCUCCAGGGACCUGGAUUCCUUAUUCCUGGCAUCUUGAUCCUCGUUAAAUUAUUAGUCUUGCCCAUUGUCAUCCGCCAGACAGUCAAUGUCAUGAAUGCCGGUGCCAAUUUUACAGAUACAACAGAUUUAGGGACUUUUGGGUUUCUCUAUGGAACAAUUCCAGCAGCUCCGGGAGUUUUUGUGAUUGCAUCGCAGUAUAACACUGAAGUGGAUUUGAUUGCCAGCAGCAUGGUGGCUUGUACUUUUAUCAGUGCACCGCUAAUGGUGAUCUCUGCCAAGAUGAUCACUCUGACCAAUCUCAAUCCAACAAAGUAUCUCAGUGAAUUAGUAUUAGUGGCAUUUGAUAUCAGUGUCACUGCGAUAAUUGCAUGCUUCUGGCUCCUGCUGCUCUUCAGCGUCACCAGGAAGAUUCGUCGAAUGCCACACAAAAUUACCAGCUGCUUAGUAUUAUCCCAGUUGAUGGGCAGUAUUGGAGUUCUACUGUGGUCCAUCUAUGAAACUUCUCCGGCAUGGCUAGUGUACUUACAAUUUAGCUUAAUCACAAUUGGAACCUACAGCAGUCGCCUCUGGUGCGCCUGCUUAGCUGUUACCCUCCUAUUUCUCCAAUGUCGAAGUCUCUGUUUUGUCCUGAAACUCUGGCCAUGGUUUGUGGGCAUUGCUUGGGGACUUCCGACGCUCAUUGUGUCCUUCCUACUAAUUUUCGAUAGUCACCACAUUACACUGAAUGAGAGGAAAAAUCCCAGUUUUCAGUAUGGAAAUGCCCAAGCGGCUAUUGCAGUUUUUCUCCUCGUUAUGUGCUUCAUAGUUACCGUGGGUUGUUUGGUGCUUCAUCAGCGCUACAAGAAGCGUUUCGAAAAGUACCUGACCCUGUCCAAGGAGAUUUCAACGCCCGAGCAGAAUGACGGUGAUCUCUCCACAAGUUCCACCAGUAACUUAAUUCAGACAGAAACGGAUCUCACAACGUCCCAUGCGAGUUCCUUUGCCCAAGAUGGUCCUGAGAAUGAGCCGGAAAAUGAGGUGAGUGGUUCAAAUUGUCACUCUAGCGAUGGAUGUUGUUCUCAGUCGACGACAACGGUGUUGGACAUUGAAGAUCUCGUGUCCAAGCGUCUGACUGAGCAGCAAAAUGGACUGUGUAGUGCACAGUUUAAUUGUGCCGGGACUUCAAGGCAGACGUGUCAGGGUUUGAUUCAGAGGUAUCAGGAGGAGACGAGAAGGGGUUUGGAACCUCUGGAAUUUGAUGAGACUAUUGAUGAUCAUCAGACUCUCAAGCAUACGGUUUUACUUAUUCUUCUUCUCUGUUCGAUGUUUGUCGGUUUGGCAUUGUCAAUUUGGACCCUGGUGAUGGAGGGAAUGUCGGGAAUUUAUGUGGAAUUGUCUUUCUUGGAUGCAUUCCUCAAUUAUGGGCAGGGAUUGAUAGUUUUGGCGUGUUUUAUCACCGAUACUGGUGAAUUAGUACUGCCUUUUAUCAAAUACUGGCGGAAGAUUUGGUAUGGGGCAAAUGUGGUACAGCUUCCGGCAUGGAAUAGUCUGAGUACAGAGACAAAUAAUAUCUGUGAGCAAUUUACGACGCAUCAUCUGGAGAGUUGUCGGAAGACAAUUGCUCAGGAUAAGAGAUGGAGAAUUAGGACGUAUCGAAGGGUUUUCUUUGGGAAUACCUUCGUGGAUUGGCUGAUCAAGGUGGGAUUGGCCAGGGAUCGUGUUGAAGCCACAAAGUAUGCCAGACAUUUGGUGGAUGGCCGCAUUUUGCGCCACAUCAACAAUGUCUAUCACUUUCACGACAAAAAUCUCCUCUAUACAUUUUGUGAUCGUCUCUAAAAGGUGAUUGCACGCGAUCAAAAUUCAUAGAUGCGACACAUCGAUCACAACAAAAAAAAGACAUUAUUUUUCUACGAGAGUUGCAUUUUUGUGAAUUUUGAACAGGGAUCACCUUGUGAUCUUUCACUCUGCUCAGCCAUCGGAGUGAUCGAUGAUCGGUGGUCUGCACAGAGAAUUAGCCACAGGACAAAUGUGUGAGAUAUCCUACGUGUGUGAAGUUGUAAAGUGCCAAAGAUACUUAGAAACAAAUUCAUCUAUCAAAUUGUGUAAUAAGUGUUUAUAGUUGAUUUUUAGCUUUAUAUUUUAUUUUGAAUAAAAGCAGCUACAGAA